UGGUCCCGCCCUUGCGGGGCGGAGCUAGCGGAGGGGCGGCCCGCGAACUGGCGCCGGUGCCCGCAAACACGAGCCGUCUGCAAGCGGGAGACCCCCGCAGGGGAUGAGCCAGCGACCCGCAGGAGGACGGCGACGAGGAUGCAGCCACCACAGAAACGACAGAGAACCGUGGAAGAUUUCAACCAAUUCUGCACCUUUGUGCUAGCCUAUGCAGGCUACAUUCCGUACCCAAAGGAGAAUGACCCAUGGCCUCUUGCGGGCAACAUGAGCCCUCAGAACAGCACAGGAAGCACUCAGGACAGCGAUAGCUGCGCCUCCUCGCAGUCCUGCGACUCCCAGGUGCUGUCCGACGAUGGCGGGAGCAGGAACACCCAGUGCGGCGGGGCUGGGGACAUCUUCCUGAGCUGCUCGGCCAUUUCCAGCAGCUGCUUCCCGACUCGACCCCAUCAAGCUAAGAAAAAGAAGCCGUCGAAGAAGCUCAUGUUGCCCGUCAGCGUGAAAGACGUCAAGCUGGAAAGGGCUGAGCCGAGAGGAGAGACUGAAGGGAGAGGAGAAGGACUGGUCCCCUGCCUGUCACGGGAAGAACGGCAGGCCAGCUCCCUCCUGGAGCAAUACAUAGAGGAGAAGGGUUGGACCUAUGGGGUGGAGUCCGCCGAAAAGCCGGCGGCUGGAGCUCUUCAGCCUGAGGCCCUGCGAUGCGAGGGGAAAGUCAGCCCUGACGGUUGGAUCGCGAGAGAACAGAGCCGAGAGGAAGAGCUCUGUAGACACGACCUCCAGCUCAAUACAUCAUGUGAGGAGUUUCCCGCUCCCUCAGACAGCAAAGUAGAGGAGGACGAUGCAUGGGAUCUGAUCACUUGCUUCUGCUUAAAGCCUUUUGCUGGGAGACCCAUGAUAGAAUGCAACGAAUGCACCACCUGGAUUCACCUUUCCUGUGCCAAGAUCCGCAAAUCCAACGUGCCUGACAUUUUUAUCUGCCAGCGGUGCCGCGAUGCAAAGCAAGAAAUCCGCCGCUCCAACCGAGCCCGCACUGUGCCACGCAAGCGCUUUUGUGACUGACUCUAGUUCGAGGGGUCGCUGGGUUCCCUUUAGUGACAUACCGGACCCCAGAGAAGCGAGACAAUCAGAACUGCACCCCUCUGGGAAGGAGUAUACUCCUCUAAUGAAAGGGGUCCCCCUGAACUAUCAGAUUCUAAGACAAUGAAAGGUACCUUAAAGCUGUUCUCCCCUUGAACGAGCCUGUAAAAAGGGAUUCUUGUGGAUUCAGGGUUACACCAGAGUAGAAGAUGCAAAAAUUCCUGGCAGACACAAGUGACUGGUUCGGUGGAUUCCAGCGCACAAUGCACUACGUCAGCCAGACACUUUUUUGCCCUUCCGCAGUUGCAGCUUGGUGCCUUUCCCCAUUGGGGGAUUUGCCCAAAUUUCAUUCUGACAUGGUACGAUAGCCACCUGGGUUUGUGCAGUUACCUUUCCCCCGUCUUUUCAGUCCUCUGACAAAGCCUCGACCGCUCCCUUGCACCAGGUCAGCCUUUGAUCUCCAAAAACUGCUUGCUCAGAGAAAAAAGCACGCCUACAUUGCAAGGCAGUUUUCCUUCCAAAAUAGAACAGGUAUCAGAAACAGCAGCUGUUGUGUUUCUGCUGAACAAGUGGACACCUUGGCCAGCUACCUGCUAAGGUGGAAGGGAUCACUCCUGGUCCUUUUAAAAAGCUUGCUGCAUUCGCAAACCGGCAUGGCCUUAGUCGGGCUAGUCACUGGGGAGGGGCAGGGGAGAGAACAGAGGCAAGGCCGGUAUCUGUUUAAUGUAAAUAUUUGUAUACAGGUACUUAGGAAAUGGCUAGAGACAUUUCCACGUGUGUCCACCUCUCACUUUAGACCACCCGGUUGCACUAGUGUCUUAUUUGAAAAGAAAAAUAGGCAGUGUGGAAGACGACCAAAGCUGUUUAGUGGAAGAGGCAAGGGGGGCGGGGGGCUUUGUAAGUCGCAAAGGGGUGCUAAGGGGUAGGCAGCGGCAUUGAGCCGCACUGAAAAAGCAGAUUGGGUCCUGCUUUUUUGUUUUGUUUUCCGAUUUCUCUCCCUGCUCAGGAUCCCGAACCUAGCUUGGGGGGGAGGGGAUGACAGUAAAAGAAAAAUCUGCUAUGCAAACCACUGCUCCUUUUUCUCAGGCAAGAUGCCAACAAAAGAGAACUUCUUUCCAAGAGGGGGCGACACCAGGCCCUCCCCAGACCUCUUCUUUGACCCAUGUGCCUUCUAUGUAAACAUUUCCCACAAUAGCUGUGUUCAAAAAUCUCAGUUUCCCCUUCUGCUUAAGAAGACGGGUAGACUGCCCAGUUGUCAUGCUGCAGGAAGGCUGUGGAGACUUACCCCGUGGUUCAAACAGUGCCCUUCUCUCCCUCCCAGAUGUUUAUGCUUUUAUAGUUUAUGGUUCAACACCCUUCUCUCUUUCCCAAAUGUUUACACUUUAUAGUUUAUAGUCACUUUCUAUUAAAGAUGUAUAGUAGUAUAUUCUUGUCCUGGUCUGUUGAGUGUCCGGAAUUUAUGUAUAGAAUAAAAAUACUUUUAAUCAUAA